AGUGCUUUGUUGAGCUUCGCAUACGCAACUUAUUAAGUCAAAAUUUUGCUUUCGAAUUUCACAAACAAUGAAGCAAAAUCUCGUAAAAAUCGGUAUCAUCUUGAUCGCGACUAUUGCGUCCAUUAGUACAUCAUUCUUUGAACCGACAGGCAAGGUUUCGCAUAUUCACGUAAUAAAUUCGUGUUCCUUACGAUAUGAAAGAGAAGUUGCGGACAAACCGAACCUUUUUGUAAUUGUAGCCAAUGUACCCGGGCUUUGCCACAUCAAUAGUACUAGUUCAAGCUCAGUAAACACUUUCGGUCACCAAAUAAUACCUUGCAAUGACCAUCAUCCUUCUGACUCUUACAAGUUAUCACAAGCUAAUCGGCCACGUUUGCUUCUGUCUCCCCAUAACUUUUUGAAAAUGGAAACUUUCAGAGGUAUCAAUUAUGAUGCUUCAAAAGAAUCAAUAUACUAUGCCUCUAAUGCAAUAGGCGAUCGCGAAGCAGUAAAAAUAGUCAAACGUAAUUUCAGUAGUUCAGUGGUCGAAAUUAUAUUCGAUAACACUCUUUUUGUAUCCGUUGAUAAAGAUUCUAGACGAAAAUUCGAAGUAACCGAUUUAAGUUUUGACUGGAUUACUGGUAACGUUUAUAUGAAUACCCGGAAAUCUAUUUUAGUGAUUAACGAAUUAAAAUCGAAACACCCGAUCACAAUAAUUGACAACAGAUCAGAAAUCAUAAGUCCAGUCGUGCAUCCAAAUGAAGGUUACCUUUAUUUCUUUGAUGCUCAACUCCAUUCCGGUGAGCGUAGAAACUGUGCGAGAAACGCAAUCUAUAGAUCCAAUCAAGAUGGUUCUAAUAUCGAGCAAAUCACCCCAACAGAUGAUAAGGAAAUUUCAACUCUGGCUAUCGAUUUUCAUGCUGAUCGUCUAUACUGGAGUGAACCUUCAUCAGAAGUCAUCAAACAUUCAAAACUUGAUGGUAGCGAUGUUAAGAGCUUCCGUACCGGUUUGCUAUACGUCGGUCUUUACAAUGGAGCCUUGGGUUCAAUCGCCAUUGAUAAAGAUUACAUUUACUACAUUAGCAAAUCCCCGAAUACAGUACAAAGGCACAAGAAAAUCAAUGACGAAAAAGAUGAGACAUUUAAACUUAAAGCAAACCAAGAGACUCCGAUUGUCGAGCUAAUGGUCUACGACCCUGACGCGCAGCAAGUGCGCGAGGAUCACCCUUGUCUUUCAAAUAAUGGUGGCUGCCAGAAAUUCUGUUUUGUCCGGUCUCAGAACGAUGGAAAGUUGAAAAGGAGUUGCAAAUGCAGUGAUGGAGAGGUACUGGCCGACGAUGAAGUUUCUUGUCAUGUAAUAUAAUCUAUUUAGUUUGUAUACGUAUUAAUGAAAAAUGUUACAGUAAUAGUAUUAAAUGAAGAGUAUGCAUUACGCAAACAAUCAUAAUAAAUAAACGAAUUCAAAAUUUUGAAA